AUUUAUGUCUAUAUAGAAACUAGUUAUAAGUAGUAUUAAUGAUACAAACUUAAGUCACUCAUAUACAAUAUCUAUGUAUAAUAGCAUUCUCUUUCCGUUUCAUUCUCUCUAUAAAGGCCGCUAUUGGUGCUCUUUCUAACUCGUAAUUUAAAAAAAAAAGGUUCAUGAAUUGGCUCUUGUACGUAUUUUUGUUUUGUUCUUGAUAUCUCCAGCAUGACCAACAUCAUCGAUCGUUAUGGCAUACAACAUGCUUGUGAACUUAGAAGCUUGGAUCUUGCAGAAAAAACUCGGAGUUAUCUUCCACACAAUGAGUUACUCGAAUCAGUCAAAAGCAAUCUUGAAGAAUCAAAUGUCGACAACGUAAGUGUAGAUUCUCUAAUUUCUCUGGAGGACCAGCUCGAAACUGCUCUAUCUGCAACUAGAGCUAGGAAGACAGAACUAACGAUGGAGUUUGUGAAGAUGCUUCAAGAAAAGGUU